GUCAAGUUUAAGCCACUCCCCUUAACCCAUUCAGUCACUUGCUGUAGAGGUCCUCCGUGUUUACUGCUGUAUUUAGUGAAGUGAGCCGAGCACGUAUAUACUGAGUUCUCUUCUAAAGCAGCAGUUUUUCCGCGUGUGUUUCGCAGAAUCUCUCUAGGAAUCCAACAUGCCUAAAAGAAAGAAAUCAGACAGAGAUGCCAAGGAUGAGCCUCAGAGGAGAUCUGCACGGUUAUCAGCAAGACCGGCUCAUGUGAAGGCUGAACCCAAACCAAAAAAGACAACUAAGAAAGACAAAGCAGCCAAUGUCAAAAAGGAGGAUAAAAAGACCAAGGUGAAGGCCAAGGAGAGCUCAGAGUCUGCAGCCAGCGAGGAGAACCACUCUGAUAAUUGAGAGGUCAAGACCAACACGGUCACAAAGACUCAAAAAGCAACGAAGGAAGCGAAAUCUGAGUAGCAUUAUUGCCUCCCAUCAACACGUCACAGCUCCUCAUCACUCCUAGUGUUGUGUCAUUGUCCAACCUCCAAGGCAUAUUGUUCACAGAGAAAUAUUUUUAUCAAUGGUUUUAUAAGUAUCAGCACAGAUUUUUUAGCACAAAAUUAAGCUAAAUGCUGAGCACCCUGUAGAUCUGCAGCGAUUGUUUCUGCAAGAACGCCACGCUAAAGGUAUUUUUAAAUGCCAUUUAUUGGUAUUGAUAACUUAUUUGGUCUAGAAAAAUCAUACCUGCCUCUAGAGUUUGGAGUGUUUUCUUAAAGUGUUUCCGCAUUCUCUUUAUCCUCCUUCCUCACACUUGUUUUUAAGGUUUUAAAAACUGGUUAUAAAUGGCUGGGGGAAAUUGACUUUUUUUAACCUUGUAUAUUUUCUUUGCUAUUUAGUCAUGUGUCCUAGAUUUUGGUGUAUUAUCCAUGACGGGGGGGGGGGGGAUAACAACCUUCAAGCAGAGAUUUGAGAGAGCUGAUAUAGUUCACUGUAUCUUGAAAAAAAAAAUCUAAAAAUUAAAAAUGGCAGCUUAUUAAAUAUGAUUUUUUUUUUUUUCAUGCAAAUUGUAAUUUUUUUUUUUUUUUACCAUGUGAUUGACGUGUUGAAGUCUGCAGGUUGUUAUGUACACUCUCUGAUGUUGCAGUGUCUGCUAAUAAAGAAAAGGGUGGAAAUUUC